AUGACACCCACACUCAAUGGCAAGGAGGUCACUAUCGAUAUGCUCGUCGGAAAUCCAUUCAUGAGAAAUAUAUUUGAGACCAAGGAUGGGAGAUAUGCCGUGCUGAGUGCAGUAUAUGUCGACCUGGUGUACAAGUGGACGUCAUUCUUAGGCUGCUCAGUGGCAGAGAGUGAUGUGCGACAGAAAGUGAAACAACUUGGAAGCAGCUGCCACAGAGGCUGGCCUGCCAAUGGCCCUCUGCCAAACGGAAGUAUCAUGGGCGCACAUCCUCAAGGCUCUCACCUAGUAAAGUUCCCAAGGGUCCCAGUCGAACGACAUGCGUCCAGCCUUUCUGGAGCCCCUCCUUCUCCAUCUCCGUAUCUCCCUGCCAAUCCAACACGUCCACUGUCUGGCCUCCGUGUACAGUGCGUUACUCACGCCAUCGCCGGUCCUUCAAUGGGUCGCACUUUGGCUGAGCAUGGUGCCUCCGUCCUCCAGAUCAUGUUUACACACGGCUUCGAGCAUACUUUCGUCUAUACAUGCGCCAAUUUGGGCACCGCAUCCAGUAGACUCAACCUACACAAGGAAGCUGAUCGCGAGAGGCUUUCCACAUUGGUAAAAGAUGCGCACGCGUGGGUUGAUAGCUACCGAGACGGUGCUAUCUCCAAGUUCGGGUUUAGCGACGACGACAGCCGAAGCCUUAACCAAAGCAUUAUCUUAUGUCGUGUACGUCUCUAUGAAAACACGGGCCCUUGGAAGUCGAAAUCAGGUUUCGACAUGCAAGGGUCUGCGUCCAGUGGGCUGAUGAGUCUUAUGAGUCAGGAUGAGGGCGACGGUCGACCUCAGUGGCCGCCUGGUAUUGUCAUCAAUGACUACACAACUGGGUAUUCUGCUGCUUUGGCAAUACAGAGCAUCAUUUUGAAAAGGGCCAAGGGUGAGGUCGACGUCGGCGACGGAUGGCUCGUCAGUCCUAGCCUCCGAUGGCUGCGGUACGAAGUAAAAGUUAAAGACGGAGCAAGUCUAACAAACAUCGCGCAACUCCAGCUUCUUAAGCCUGAAGGCUGUGCUGGAGCCGCCCUAGUGGACAGGCUUCUGUAUUCCGCUUUCGGCCUUGUCUCUGCCCUCGACUCUAUCUCAGCUUCACCACUGCAAAGAGUGUCCAUAUGA